AUGGGCCUAGGCGUACUCCGUGGUCUGCUGGAUUCUGACAACAAGGCUACGAUCAACGAAUCUAUGAGCGAGUCAGAUUGCAAGCCUUUUCAGCCAGCCCUAGUCCCCCGAGCCUUCCGUAUUGAGAUGCGCUGGAACGCCGAAGCUGAAGGAUCGCUCGGCGACUCAGUGCUCUCGGCCGUGGCUGGCGCGAAAGACAUCCUGGUUGCCUUCUCGUCUGUUACUCCAGUUUUCAUUUACAUUAGUAAGGCUAAGGUUUCUUAA